UCUUCCAAUUUUUAUUUAGCUAAAUAGGUUUUAAAAUGUUGAAAAGUGCGGCUUUAGCACCUUUAGGAAAAACCGUAGGUCUACAAAUAUUUUUGAAGCAGUCGGCUACAUCACGAAAUAUAACCAAGAUAUCAAUUUGUUGCUACUCCACCAAAAAGAAAACGAAAAUAUUUUGCAAUGUGGAAGAUGCUAUUAAAGAUAUUCCUAGUGGAGCAAAACUAUUAGUAGGAGGUUUUGGACUUUGCGGUAUACCAGAAAAUCUUAUAUCUGGUUUACUUAAACAUGAAUGCAAGGAUUAUACAGUCAUUUCCAACAAUGCAGGCGUAGAUACUUUCGGGUUAGGUUUAUUGUUAAAGCAAAAAAAGAUUAAAAGAAUGAUUUCGUCAUAUGUAGGAGAGAAUGUUGAAUUUGAAAAACAGUUUUUAAGUGGGCAAUUAGAAGUAGAACUUACUCCACAGGGUACCUUGGCUGAAAGAAUUAGAGCCGGUGGGGCAGGCAUACCUGCAUUCUACACACCAACUGCUUUCGGAACACUCGUGCACGAAGGGGGUGCACCGAUUAAAUAUAAUGACAAAGGCAAAAUCGAAAUUGCCAGUAAGCAAAGAGAAUCUCAACUAUUUAAUGGAAGACAAUACAUCUUGGAGGAAGCAAUUACUGGCGAUUUUGCUCUGAUUAAAGCAUGGAAGUCAGACCCUGUUGGAAAUUUAUUAUUUAGAAAAUCCGCUAGGAACUUUAAUCCUACAAUGGCUACAGCUGCAAAGACGACAAUAGUCGAAGUCGAAGAAAUAGUCCCUUUGGGCAGCAUUGAUCCCGAUCAGGUGCAUUUGCCUGGUAUUUACGUAGAUAGAAUUAUCCUUGGAAAAGAUUAUGAAAAGCGGAUAGAGAAAGUAACUCUCCAAAAAACGUCAGACAGUGUAUUAUCUGUUGUUAAAAAGAAUCCAAGCGCUAUGAGUAGAGAAAGGAUAAUUAGGAGAGCAGCUCUCGAAUUUAGGAAUGGAAUGUAUGUUAAUCUUGGCAUCGGUAUGCCAAUGCUGGCUUCAAACUACAUCCCCGAGGAUAUCGAAGUAUUUUUACAGUCCGAAAAUGGUAUACUGGGCUUGGGGCCGUUCCCUAAAGCUGAACAAGUUGAUCCAGAUCUAAUAAAUGCCGGAAAGGAGACUGUUACUGUAAUACCUGGCGCUUCUUACUUCAGCAGCGAUGAAAGUUUCGGUAUGAUUAGAGGUGGUCAUAUUGAUUUAACUAUUCUCGGUGCAAUGGAAGUAUCACAAUAUGGAGAUCUGGCAAAUUGGAUGAUUCCUGGUAAGCUUGUAAAAGGAAUGGGCGGUGCAAUGGAUUUAGUAGCAGCCCCCGGCACCAAAGUUGUUGUAUGCAUGGAACACAGUGCGAAAGAUGGCAGCCACAAAAUUAUCGAAAACUGUACAUUACCACUAACAGGAAAACAGGUCGUCGACAUGAUUAUUACAGAAAAAGCCGUUUUUAAUGUAGAUAAAGAAAAUGGGCUUACUCUCAUCGAAGUAGCUGAAGGUGUCGGUGUUGAGGAUAUUUUAUCUACCACUGGAUGUAAUUUCCAAGUGGCUGAAAAUUUGCAACCCAUGAAACAAAUUAAGGUUUCAUUUUAAAUUUUUUAAUUAAAUAUUGUUUUUAUUGUUAUUGUCUUUUAUAAUUAAAUGAAGUGCAACUU